AACAAAGAAUACCGGCAGAAGAACGUGUGGUAUAAUACGAUUUUAUAUUUUUACUUGACAUAACAUCUUUAAAUUUUUAAAUUAAAAUGUUAAAAACACGCAAUAUCUGGAUCAUACAACAACGAUGGAAAAGUGGCAAAACGCGAUGGUCCAUUCAACAAAAGAAAAAGACAAAUACCGAUAGAGCUCUUGAGAGUUUUGAUGAUUUUUAUGGUUCUGUUUUCGGUAUUCGCUGGAAGAAUAUGAGAGCCGCAAUGUUAACCGAACACAAAUAUAUGGCCAUGGUAAACAAUUUUGGUGAUACCGAAAAGACUUGCAGUCGUUUGGAAAUGGAUGGGGCUAUAAAUGUUAAAUCUCUAGUAAACUUGGCCAAAGAACGUUUGGAGGGUUCACAAACCCUAGGUCUAAAUAAAAAUACCCAUGAAUUAGGUGACAAAAUGGAUUCGAUUACUCGCAAACAAAAGGAAAAAGAAAUACAGUCUUUGUAUCCAGAUAAUGAAAAUACAUUACCCGAUGAACUGGAGUAUAAGGCUAGGGGAGAAUCAAAUGAAAAUAAUUCUCCUAAAGAAGAGGAUAAUCCUUUAAUAAGUAUGAAUCAUGAUGUGUGUAUCGAUGAAAAACGUAUGAUAGAUCCAGAGGUUAAUACGGGUGGUCUUUAUGAAUUUGUACCCGCAACACAAAUAAAAGGCAUGGAAGAUUGGAUACCAGAAUCGGAACAUUAUAGAUAUUACCAAACCACCACAGAUUUUCCUUUAAAUAUAGAACCUGAAACAGAGUUUAUAUUCCCCGAACAUUUAUCUUUGUACACCUAUGAAAUGGGUAAUUGUGCGGAAUUUAGGCGACCCAAUAAAUGUUUAACUGGUGUUCUUUCACAUUAUCUACUGGAUGGUGCUUCCAUAUUACCACCUCUUCUUUUAGAUGUUAAAUUAGGUGAACGUGUACUCGAUGCUUGUGCUGCUCCUGGUGGUAAAUCGUUGUUAAUGCUACAAACUUUACAUCCCGAACAGUUGGUGUGCAAUGAUGUAAUGGAAUCGCGUGUAAAUCGUAUACGCAAAGUUAUGAAAGAAUAUCUAUUCGAUUAUGAAGAACGAUGGGAGGGAAAACGUUUACUACUCAAUCAAUGCGAUGCUCGUAAUAUAGAAGAAUAUGGUACAUAUGAUAAGAUCUUGGUAGAUGUACCCUGUACCACUGAUCGUCAUUCGCUAAUGGAAAAUGACAAUAACAUUUUCAAGCCCACACGCAUUAAGGAAAGAUUGAGGAUACCCGAACUGCAGGCGGGUAUUUUGGAGAAUUGCUUACGUUUGCUGAAACCAGGAGGAAGUUUAGUUUAUUCCACUUGCUCUCUAUCGCCCGUACAAAAUGAUGGUGUUGUUCAUAUGGCUUUACAAAAGGUGUUCCAUGAACAUGGUUUAACAUGUACCAUUAAGGAUUUGAGCCAUAUUGUUAAUUUGUUCAGUGAUAUUUAUAAAUUUGAAUAUCCCAAAAGUUUAAAAUAUGGACAAAUGGUUUUGCCAUAUUUACCAGCCAAUUUUGGACCCAUGUAUUUUAGUAAAAUAACACGUAAUGAAUGAAUUCGAAAGGGCAGCAUAAGAUAAUUUUUUUUGUUAGUUAUUAUAUUUUUUAAGUCUGUAGUUUAGAUUUUUAAUGAAAAUUAAAGUUUGUGAAAAAUAUAACGAUUUA